AUGAGCUUUGUGCCUCGUAAGGUUUUCCCGAAGUAUAACUUGCCUUUGUCUAACUUCAAGGGGCAUCACCAAAAAGCCUUAACGAAGUUUGGGCAUUUAGCCCCUCAAAUUGACUUGGUUCUUGAAGUGAGAGAUUCGAGAGCCCCCAUAUCAACCACAAAUGUUCUCUUUGAUAGGGUACUAGCAAAAAAGAAGAAGAUCAUAUUGUACAGUAAGAAGGAUUUAUCAAUAUUGAAGCAACGAUCACUUGAUAAAUGGCACAAAUCAAAUAACGAAGAAUACUUGUUCAUAGACUGUCGGAAUAAGAAAGAUGCAAAAAACAUCAUUGAACUAGUUCGUGAAGAUUACCAAUCUAUGGUACCUCCACCUCCUUUAGGUUUACGGCUUAUGAUUAUUGGUAUGCCAAAUGUUGGAAAGUCGACCUUGGUCAAUACUCUUAGAACUGUUGGAUAUAGUUCGAAGUUAAAGGAUUCUAUUUCAAGCAAAAACAGAAAAGUUGCGAAGACAGGUGGUCAGCCUGGUGUGACUAGAAGCACUAGCGAGAUAAUAAGAAUUUCGAAAGAUCCAGAUAUUCUCAUACAUGAUACUCCUGGUGUGUUUUUGCCGACAGUAAAAGAUGUUGAAUCAAUGUUGGCAUUGAGCCUAGUGGGAUGUGUUCACUCUGCUUUCAUUGAUCCAGUGGUACAAGCAGAUUACUUGCUUUAUUUACUCAAUCUUCAAGACUCAACUGGUUCCAAAUACAAUGAGUAUAUGGAUUUUCCUACAAAUUCUAUAGACGAAUUGUUAUACAACAUAGCAUUGAAGCGAAAUAAAUUAAAAAAAGACAACACUUAUGAUGAAUUAGGAAUGGCUCUUCAUUGGAUAAACCUUUGGAAACAAGGACGCAGUUCGUGUUAUAAAGGCUUGUUUGAUCGAGAUGCGAUCCAGGAAAUUGAUGCUGAUACAUUAAAUGAAGGGAUUAGUCAAGAAAGAGAUAGAAUUACUAAAAUGUCCGUGAAUUCAAAAAUCACAAAUAACUUAGGCAAAGACGGCUUGGCUCUGUCAAAACACAGAAAGAGGACCGCUAAAGAUAGGGAGUUCGAUUUAAAGAACCAAUUAUUUAAAUUGUAA